AUUUCUCUUUUCUCCUUUUGAUCAUCUAGAGGAACAGGCGACUUGGUUUCUUCUUUAGCUUCCUUGUUCUCAUUAAGAUUGAACAAUGCCUCUAAAGUGAACCACAGACUUGCAUGCAAGCUGAAAACCUUUACGAAAUGCAGUCUUAAUUUGUACUUUGAGAAAAACAUUUUCAAGGCAUUUUAUCCUUUUCUCCAGCUUUUGACAUAUUACAAAGUACCCAAAUAUGCCAGACUGUUGCCUCAUCAGCCCCUGGCAGUCAGGUACAGUUAGAUGCGAGGCAAUCUUCCUAAAAGUUACUUAUUAGAGAUGUGAGAAGGGCAAAUGCUAUCAUUGGAAAAACUGACAAUAGUCUCAAAAGGAAAAAUAAGGAAGUGGAGAGUUACUAUGUUUCUAAUUUUUCAUGUGCUUCUAUUUUUUUCCUACUUCAGAGCCAUUGACUAAUAGUUGAGUAUAACACAGUUGUGUUUCCGGGCUGCUGAAACAUGACACUGAUAUUUUCAAAGAACUGUAGAAGCCUAAAAGAAAGCCAAUGAGAAAUAACUAAAUGAGAGUUUAGGACUGUAGCCUUCAUUUUCAUUCAAAGAUUUAAAAGUUUCCAUAAAGUAAAAUGUUCCUCUCUGGCCACCUGUUUUCACAGUUCUGUGUUUUCCUUCGGGCCUUUCUGGUUUCCCAUAUGGCAGUAAGAAAAUGAUGUGCUUAAUGAUUACAAAUUUCAUAUGGAAUACAAACUUUCACUUUCUACAUAUGAUGCACAGAGAUGCUUUUGUGGUUUUAUUGGUUUUCAUAUUACAAACAAAGAAACUAGAAAAUGAAACCAUUCCAAAAGUGGAAGUAAUUUCUCACUGCCCCUGUGAUAAACUAUGGUCAUUGGCUGUGGCAGCAACUAUUAUAAGAUGCUCUGAAAACUCUUCAGACACUGAGGGGCACCAGAGGAGCAGACUAUAAGAAUGGCACACGCUAUGGAAAACUCCUGGACAAUCAGUAAAGAGUACCAUAUUGAUGAAGAAGUGGGCUUUGCUCUGCCAAAUCCACAGGAAAAUCUACCUGAUUUUUAUAAUGACUGGAUGUUCAUUGCUAAACGUCUGCCUGAUCUCAUAGAGUCUGGCCAACUUCGAGAAAGGGUUGAGAAGUUAAACAUGCUCAGCAUUGAUCAUCUCACAGACCACAAGUCACAGCGCCUUGCACGUCUAGUUCUGGGAUGCAUCACCAUGGCAUAUGUGUGGGGCAAAGGUGAUGGAGAUGUCCGUAAGGUCUUGCCAAGAAAUAUUGCUGUUCCUUACUGCCAGCUCUCCAAGAAACUGGAACUGCCUCCCAUUCUGGUUUAUGCAGACUGUGUGUUGGCAAACUGGAAGAAGAAGGAUCCUAAGAAGCCCCUGACUUAUGAGAACAUGGACGUUUUGUUCUCAUUUCGUGAUGGAGAUUGCAGUAAAGGAUUCUUCCUGGUCUCUCUAUUGGUGGAAAUAGCAGCUGCUUCUGCAAUCAAAGUAAUUCCUACUGUAUUCAAGGCAAUGCAAAUGCAAGAACGGGACACUUUGCUAAAGGCGCUGUUGGAAAUAGCUUCUUGCCUGGAGAAAGCUCUUCAAGUGUUUCACCAAAUCCACGAUCAUGUGAACCCAACAGCAUUUUUCAGUGUUCUUCGCAUAUAUUUGUCUGGCUGGAAAGGCAACCCCCAGCUGUCAGAUGGUCUGGUGUAUGAAGGGUUCUGGAAAGACCCAAAGAAGUUUGCAGGGGGCAGUGCAGGCCAAAGCAGCAUCUUUCAGUGCUUUGACGUCCUGCUGGGCAUCCAGCAGACUGCUGGUGGAGGACAUGCUGCUCAGUUCCUCCAGGAGAUGAGAACAUAUAUGCCACCAGCUCACAGGAACUUCCUGUGCUCAUUAGAGUCAAAUCCCUCAGUCCGUGAGUUUGUGCUUUCAAAAGGUGAUGCUGGUCUGCGGGAAGCUUAUGAUGCCUGUGUGAAAGCUCUGGUCUCCCUGAGGAGCUACCAUCUGCAAAUCGUGACUAAGUACAUCCUGAUUCCUGCAAGACAACAGCCAAAGAACAAGACCUCUGAAGACCCUUCAAAACAGGAAGCCAAAGGAACUGGAGGCACUGAUUUAAUGAAUUUCCUAAAGACUGUAAGAAGCACAACCGAGAAAUCCCUUUUGAAGGAAGGUUAAUGUAACCCAACAAGAGCACAUUUUAUCAUAGCAGAGACAUCUGCAUAUAUUCCUGUCAUUACCCAUUGUAACAGAGCCACAAACUAAUACUAUGCAAUGUUUUACCAAUAAUGCAAUACAAAAGACCUCAAAAUACCUGCGCAUUUCUUGUAGGAAAACAAGGAAAGGUAAUUACGUGUGUAAUUAUAGUAGAAGUUUUGUAAUCUGUAUCUUAUCAUUGGAAUAAAAUGACAUUCAAUAAAUAAAAA